UAGCAUUUGGGUUAGUACAUCAUGGAAAAUCCCUGUGGCUGCUGUACCAGACAGCAAGUACUGAUGUGAGGCACAAGUGCAGUCGGCCUAUGUGAUCACUAAGGUGGACUACACAGGAGGAUGGGAUUGUCUUAAAGGAGUCAGUUCAAUUUGCACUAUUUUCUUAACUAAAGAAAAAACAGUGAUUUACUGAUGUGCAUGGUGUAAAAAAGAGUUUAUAAAGACAUAGAUAGGUCACUUUUUGAGUAACACAAGCAGUGAUUUCACUUUCAUAGGUUGAGUGUUAUGUGUGGGCAGCGUCAUUCAUGAAAGAGGAAGAGGUUUACACUCAUCAGCCUGAAAGCACCUGAUUGAACACACAGACACGAUCUUCAGUCCAGAUUGCUGCCUCAUUGUGUAUCUAGGGGAGAAUCUAAGAGUGUGGACUGAAGGAAAAGUUGGAGUGAUGGGAGCUGCCUGGAUCUCAUGGAGAACAACUCUAACUGCCAUCAUUACCAUACUACAAAUCCCAGCCCUGAUCGGUGUCAAAACCUCAGCUGUCAUCGGUUUGGAGGGUCAAAGAUUUGACUUCAGAUGUGAAUAUCCACACGACAAGCAGAAUAAUGCAAAGUAUUUCUGGCAUGUUGUUGACAACAUACCCUCUGAUGACCUGAUAUGGACCAACGAACACGACCAGUUGGUGAGGAAAGGACGUUUGUCUCUGUACGACAACACCACCGGAGCCUUCUUCAUGGUCAGCGUGGAUAAACUCGUCCCAGUGGAUAGUGGGACGUACUGGUGUGGGGUGUCAGAUCAUAUCACUGUCAUACAGCUGAAUGUUUCCCGAGUAACUGUAACACCAAUCUCACAAGAGAACAUCAGAGUAGAUAUGCAUAACCUGCCGCUGUUUCUGACUGCAGUGAUGUGUGUGGCAGCGCUGCUGUUUGUGUGUCUCUUUACACUUUGUCUUCUGCUGGCUGUUAAACACCGGAGAUCAGGCCCACGCCAGAAUAGAGAGACAUCAUCUGACUACGAGGCAAUGACACCUGAUGUAAGAACUGAACUUGAACUUCGCUGCGGCUGUUCAGAUCCAGACUGUGCUGAUCUUUCAGCUUCAUCACCGCCAAAACCUGACCUCUGCGCCCACUUCACAACAAAGCAGCGGGAGUCUACUGUCUCUUUCGGCCUUGAUGAAUACGCAGAUGUGGAUGUGUCAGGUAACAUCUGCCAGUACCAACAGCUGGAUCUCAGCCGGUUAGAGGAACACGUCUAUGACAGCCUUCAUGGAAACAACGUCCCCAAAGAUGGACCUCUGGCAGUCAAAGAGAAGAUUAACUGUUGAUAUGACUGUUUCAGGAUAAUUCCAGGCUUAUUAUAACUUUUUAGUCAUCAUUUCAUAAUUUUAAUGUUAACCUAUAUUUUUCAACUUGCCAUGUUCCCAGAUCUCACCAAUUAACUUGGCGAAUAAAGUCUUGAAAUAAAGAGUUAGAGGGAUGCCAAUUCAAGAGUUAAUGACUCAGGAUCUUUAAUAAGUCAAGUAGUUAUACUGUUAUUUUUGCUGUUUUUUUCCUAGAGGAAAAUGUAUAUAUGUACUGUAUAUAUGUAUGUGUUUUCGAUGGCACAAACAAAAUAAAAAGACUCAAAAGAGAGAUGCUACAGUCUGAGCAGGAAUCUCUACUCAAGCCAUCAGAUUUAAGUCCACCAAGAAGACUGGAUGAUGUAACCACAAUCUUACUCAGCUUUAUUGUAUAUUUCAUCAAAAUAAACCAAGUGGUAAUGUCUAAGGGUGUCCUCGCAUUAAUUAUUUACCUGCCUGAGACCUCUUACACUUUCACUGUGAGACAUGUGAGAGAUAGUAGAGACUUUCUCAUUGCUCUCACAUGUUCUAAGUGGUUUUGGAGAGAGAUGUAGACAGAGGAAACUGGCUAAACAUAGGAAGUGUGACAACAAAGAGGAACCUCUGACAAUGAGUUGACACUCAUUUAGAGAGGAUUACAAAGGUGUAAAAACUGGGUGUGAAAGAAAAGGCAAGUGACAAGUAAAGAUGCACAAAUCAUAAGACCAGCAUGGAGAUCUGGCGGUGAGUAGGAGGUUGCACCCCAUAUUUAAGCAGACCUCCUGAUGAAUGGCAGCUGUUCGCCCGACUCCCGCAAACCUGUCUCCACUUCUGCAAUUAGAACCCAGAAAGAGACACACACACACACUAGGAGGAGGCAGAAGUGGAGGG